AUGGAUGUUGCUCGCGGAGGCGGCGUCGUCGCCUCAGUCGGCGAGCUUCUGGACGACGGCUUGGGGCUCGAAGUCCUCGAGGACGACGAGGAGGCGGCCGCCGCCCCGGAGGAGCUGGAGCCGUCGCCCGCCGAGCCGAUCGUCAUCGAACCGAACGCGGUCUACUCGAGCACAGGCUUCCGCGACGACGGGGAGCAGCAGUGCGGCUUCGUGUGGCAGGCGCUUUGGGUCAUGGCCGCCCCCGAGCAGCUCGUGCGCGCGAGGCUCUUCAGCGACGAUGCGUACUGGGACUGCGCCCUGCUGCACGUCUGCACGGACGAACCGCGCGGUGUGGAGGCGCCCGCAGGCUGCGACGAGCUCGCCCACGUCUCGGACGCCCGCGGGCUGGAGGCAGAGGACAUCGUGGAGGUCUUCGCCAACUGCUUGCCCCGCAACCCAGAUGCGAUCUGGCCCGUGGACCUGCUGCGGAGAGUGCUGCGCAAUCGCACGGCCGUGGGUCACGACGCUCCCUUCGAUGGGCUGCUCGGCGACAGUGCCCUGACCGCGCGGGCUGCGGGCCCCCCGCUCGACCUGGAGCCCGCGCGGGGCGAGCUGCGGGCCAGGCUCGCUGCGGCGCGGGACCGGUUCGCCUCGGCAGCGCCUGGGGCCGCUGCGGCCGGCGCACUUCUAGGCAGCGCAGAGGGCGCGCCGAGCGAGGGCAAGCCGAAGAAGCGGGGCCUCGCCGAGGUGCUCGCGGAGCGCAUGGCGAAGUUCGCCAAGGGCCCCAGCGCCGAAGCGACGCGCGGCUCGAGCGGCCCAGCUGCUCCGGCUGCGGCCAGCGGGGGUGCUGCGGGCGAGGGCGCGAAGGAGCUGGCGACGGCGCUCAUGGCGGUGCUCAAGAACUCGGCCGCGCAGGCUGCUGGCAGCUCGGGCGCUGGCGCCGCCUCGGACCCCCCCAGCGGGGUCGACGGGGCCGCGGCCACGGGGGGCCUUGCGACCAAGCGGGCUCGCUGCAGGAAGAUGGCGCAGGACCAGCCUGGCAAGUUGUCGGAGCUCACGCUGAUGCAGAUGGCGGAGUUCCUCGGCGCCGUCGAGGGCGACGCGGCGGUGGGCCCGACGACGGCGCUCGUGCUGAGGUACCUGCUCACGUUCUACCUGCCGCAGAACCCAGUGCAGCAGAUCGGGGUGGCCGCGUGUCGCGAGAUGCGGGCGUUGGCCGAGGCGAUCGACUUUCCCCUCCAGGGCAAGAUUCCUCAGGCGCUGGACAUCUUGACCCAGCGGCAGAAGGCGGCGCAGGUGGCAGUCGGCGACGGGCACUGGGGCGCGGCGAAGUGGCUCGAGCUGAUCCCCGCCAAGGACGAGCCCACCACGCUGCGCAACGAGGAGGAGGAGAUGAUCCGCAACAUCGAGCGCGGCGAGUUGAAGCUGGAGGAGCUCAGCAGCCGGGCGCCGAAGGGCAGCGCGAAGGAUGGCAAGAGGCCGCCUUGCCAGCGCGUCGCGCAGCUCGACAAGACCGCAAAGAAGCUGCCCGCUGGAGGCUCGCAGGCACCGCUGAACUUCAAGGCGGCGAGGGCUGCCUGCCCGAAGAAGGACGGCGGGACGUCGAAGGAGCGCAAGGCGCGGCUGCGGAACUUCAUGACGGAGUCGCGCAGCUUCCGAAAGGGGGAGGGCGCGGCGCGGUUCCCGACCUGCAGCAGCGGGUCGCUGCUGGUGCAUGAGGACUUCCCCUGGCUGGAGGCGGAGGGGGCAAGGGGCCGCUUCGCGGCUGGAGCGCCUCCCAGCGGGGGGCAGCAGCGGGAGCUGGCGAGCACCUCGCUCCUAGACGGCAUGCGGGGGCUCCCCGCCGCGGGCUGCGCCGCGCGCGACGCUGAGGCGUGGCGCGACGAGGUCACGGUCCAGUUCGGCACGACCAUCACGAGCGUCGCCAUGGCAGUGCACCUCGUGCAGCUCGUCGAGCGCCACCCUGGCAGCCUGGGGACUUUCUCGAGAGAGUUUGCAGAGCGCGUGUCCACACUUGGCGGGAGCGGCAGGCGCGUUAGUGACCUGUUGCCGCGGCCCCUGCCUGUCAGGCGCUGGUGCGCGAGCAGAGAUGCUGGGCGCAGGUGCAGGGCCAGGCCUAUCGCUCGUCAGGUAGCUGAGGAGGCCUGGUUGUUUCUCACCGUCACGGCGCUGAAUUACACGUACUGUGGUGGCUGCAAGGAGGGUUGGAGGCAUCACCCGACUUUGUCCCAGGCACAACAGCAGGCCAUGGGGUUCCUGAAGUCCCGCGUCGUCGACCUCCUGGGGGACCCGUUCGAGCAGGUGAGCAUGCCCGCCGCCGACGCGGCCCCCAGCGAGGCGACCGUGGACUACACAGGCGAGCCCGUGGCCAAGGCGUUGCCCUGCGUGCUCGCGGAGCUGGCGCCAGGCUUGCCGCAGCCCGAGCAUGCCGCGGCGUUGGGCGCUCUGGACUUCGUGGAGCCCGACGUUGCCGAGUGGCUGGCCUCGCCCGAGAAGGCCCUUCUUCCCGAGGCCGACUGGCCCGACCCCAUGCCUCGAGCCAGGGUCAACGUCGCGGACGAAGCGGGUUGGCGCGAGCUCGCGGUGCACCUCGUGAAGCUCGGGGUUUUCGCGGUGCUGAGCGAGGACCAGCUCGUCAGGGUCCGGGGCGAGCCGCUCAUGAACGGGCUCUUCGCUGUGGAGAAAAAGGGCAAGCCAGGGCCAGGCGCCGAGCGGGUCACCAGGCUGAUCUUGAACAUGGUCCCUGGCAACGCCCUGCUCAAGCCGCAUGUCGGUGAGGCUUCGCUCCUCGCGGCGUCCACGAGCUGGGUGUCCUUGCACAUCCCCGAGGGCAAGUUGCUGCUGUGGUCGGGUGACGACCAGAAGGGGGCCUUCUGCGUCUGGAGGAUCCACAAGGCCUGGCACCCCUACAUGGCGGUCGACAGGCUGCGCCGCCUGCCGCCGCCCAAGGGUGCAGGGCUUCCGCCUGGGCUGGAGUGGCGGAAGGACGAGGCGCGCCCGAUCGUCGAGCUGGGCAGUGGCCGCGGGGCCGGCUGGUGGCAGGUGUACGUCGACGACUUCGACGCGCCCGAGAUCGUGGACGAGGUGCGGGCGCGGCAGCUCGUGGGCACCGAGGCGGACUGCCAGCGGCGCGUUCGGGAGAGCUACAGGCGCGCUGGCGUGGUCUACUCGGCGGAGAAGGCCCACCUGCGGGAGACGCGAGUUGAGCGCAUGGGGGCCGACGUGGAUGUGUCAGCGGACGGCUGGCAGCGCCAGGGGGUGGUCGCGGUCUCGGGCACCUCGGAGUUCGGGGGCGGCGUCUGCGCGUCCACGAGCCUCCGCGGGGAGGCGGCAUCGGCGCUCAAAUCCGUGAGCCAGGUGCUCAAUGUCCUAAUCGUGGGGCUCUUUGACGGCAUCGGCGGCCUUGCGGCGUCGCUCUCGAGGUUGCCCGUCAGAAUCGUCGCCCAUGUCGCCGCCGAGACCGACGCGAAGGACCUCUUUGACACGUUCUCGGAGACGGUGGACGCGCGCGUCGCUGGCGCGGGCAGCCCGCGCCAGGACCUCUCGCGGCUCGACGCGAGCGGCGUUCGGGCGGCGGUUCUAUACUCGCUGCUCGAGAACGCGGCGAGCAUGACAGACGAGAACGUCAAGGCCAUGUCCAGCUGCAUGGGAGUUAAGCCGUACCUCAUCUGCUCGUCGGUCAUGGCGCCGUGUCGCAGGCCGCGGCUCUUCUGGCUCAGCUGGCAACUCCAGGUGGCGCCGCCGCUGCGCCUGGUCGACAAGGGCUGCUACCUCGAGGUCAUGGCAGACAACGGGCCGCUGCUGGACAGCGAGCGGGAGGACCAGGGGUUUCGCCGGGCCGGGCGCCCGCUCCCCUUCCCGACGCUGAUGCGCUGCAAGCCGCUCCCGAGCUUCCCGUCGGCGCCGCGCGGCCUGGCCUCGGCGCCCGGCGAGGCGCGAGCGCGCCGGGGGGCCGACUGGCCCCGCUAUCGCGCUGUGCUGUACGAGGAGAAAAAUCGCGCCCAGGAUUGUUCUGGGAGGCUGCCAGGGAGGCUGCCAAGCUGCACGGAGAGAGAACGAUUGCUCGGGUUCGAUGUGGGUUACACCGCUGUAGCCACGAAGGGCUCGAACCCGCAGGCCGACUCAGACGCCAGGGCCUUCCUGCUCGGGAACAGCUUCAGCGUCUAUGCGGCCGCAUGGGAUUUGCAGCGUGUCCUCCUGGCGGAGUCCGCUUUGGCGCGCCCCCUGUCCGUGCCAGAGAUCGCGCGCGUCGGCCAGCGCCGCGGGGCCCGGGGCCAGCGCGGCUGCUUCGAGGGCAGCUCGGGCGACCCGAACACGGAGGAGGCCAGGCGCCUCGUCCUCCACUACCUGAGCCGCGCGGAGAAGGGGGGCUCGGACGUGCGGCUGGAUUGCGGCCUGCCGUGCCGUCCGAGAAGCUGGCCUCGCUCUAGCCUGGGCCCCUUCGCGCGGCGAUGGCGCGUCGUGAAGAGCAUGGCGUGGCCGCGCGAGACGCACGCGCACAUCAACGUGAGAGAGCUGCAGGUCGCGGCGGCCAUCGUGACCAAGGGUCGCAGCAGCAGCCGCCGCUUGCAGCCAGCGCUGAGGCGCUGGAUGGUCAUGGCGAUCGCGGCGGACAUGUACCCGCUGGUCGGCUACGUGGUCUCGGAGGACAACCCGGCGGACGAGCCGUCGCGCAAGCUGUGGUACACUCGCGCAGUGCAGGACCUGCUCAGGCACUACGGGGUGAGCCCUCAGGAGGUGCGUGUCCUGGGCGACGAAGCGGAGGAUGCUGACAGCCUAGUCGCCAGCUAUUCGGAGGCGAUGUGGCAGAGCGGUGCGGGCAUCGCGCUGGCGAACAACACCGUCGCGGGCGUGUGCUUCCUGCUGCCCAAGCUGCGGCGGAGGCUGGAUCUGUCGCGGGCGCUGCUGAAGGCCUGGCGUCGAACGGAGCCUGCAGAGCGGGUGCUGCCGUUCACGCCCGUCAUCGUCGCGGGCAUGGCAGGCCUGGCGGCGGAGGCCAGAGCGUUCGACGUGAGUUGCCUGCUGCUCAUCAGCUUCGAGGGCCUGCUGCGCGGUGGCGAGGCCUUUGCGUUGACGACGGACGACGUCCUCGACCGAGGCGACUCAGUCGUGCUGCGGAUCAGGACGUCCAAGACCACAACGGGCAAGGACGCUGCAGAGGCCACGCUCGUGAAGGGCAGGUGGGCCAGCAGCAUGACGGCCCGCAUCUACAUCGAGGGUGCUGUGGCAGACCUCGUGCGCGUGCGGCCCGCAGACCAGGUGGAGAGGUUAACAGCAUUUUCACGGCUAGUAAGUAACGAGGGAGUGGAGUUGGUAUAG